GCGGAAGUUGCGUGGCGCUACAAUUGACAGGUGCGCCUUAUCUGUAUCUCCGCCGAGAAUAGCGGUCUGGCACCGGCGCUGACGACAUGAACGUAGCCCGGGGCACGGCGGCGCCCGGCUUCGUCGGCAUCAAGUUCUGUCAGGAGUGCAACAACAUGCUGUACCCGAAGGAGGAUAAGGAGAACAAGGUGUUGUUGUACGCCUGCCGUAACUGCGACUACAAACAGAUCGCGGACAACAACUGCAUCUACGUCAACAAGAUCAUGCACGAAGUCGACGAGCUGACCCAGAUCGUGGCGGACGUCAUCUCUGACCCGACCCUGCCCCGGACGGAGGACCACGCCUGUCCCGUGUGUGAGCACCGGGAGGCCGUCUUCUUUCAGGCGCAGUCCCGGCGUGCGGAGGAGGAGAUGCGGCUGUACUACGUGUGUACAAACCCGGACUGCAAGCACCGGUGGUCGGAGUGAGCCGACCGCGCUGUCUGCGCCGCCGCCGGCUGCGGCCCGGUCGCGGCGGCGGGCGUCAGUGCCGCAGCCGCCGCCGCCGCCGCCGCCUCUCAUGCGUCAUCUUCACCGCUCACAUGUGUCCCUCACCGCCGAAUAUAGGCCGCGCCGGACGGACGGGGUUUACUGCGGCGGUAUGUCCAGCGGUGCACGGCGAGCCGAUCAUGCGAGAGCGCGGGCACGCAACGGCGGAUGCGGCGAGAUUGGCGUGCCGGGAGCGCAGGAUUAGUUCCCUAACGCAUUAACCGGACACGGCUCGCCCACAGACAACACGCGUUCCGUACAUGUAUUGGUACGUCAGAUGGUAAACGCUCGCGGCUGCCGAGACAUCGCCGCUCGAACGAAAAUGGUACUCGGGUCGUGAUGCGGCUCUUGGGUAGCGCUCAGCAAGGACGACCGCACAGAACAACUAGAACCCGGUCGCUGCCUAAUACACUAACGUCACUAA